UUGGUCAAAGAAGUCACCUACACAGAGCGUGUUGUUAGAGCUGUUCUGAGCGGGUGUUUGGGCUGUUGGCUGCUUUCUUCCCCCUCUCUCACACACUUGUAUAUUAUUUUGAGGUGCUGUUCGCAGAGUUUGAAAGGAGAGAGAAUUUAAAAAAAAAAAAACCGCAAGCGUUUCACUCUUUUAUUUUUAUAAUCCCCUCCAAUUUGGGGUUAAAAAAAAGAGACAAGAAAACAGGAAGGAAGAAAAAUAAGGAAAUGAGAUGUGGUAAAAGAAGCUAAAAGGUGCCUUUUAAAAGAUCGUUGCUGUGAGGUGAAAAAAAUCUCCAGAGAAACCAAAAAGCACCGCCGAGACCUCUUCCGAACCAAAGGAGUUUGUGUUUGCUUUUAGGAAAGAAGAGAGAGAUCAUUCAUUCGGAGGAAUAACAACCAAUUAAAAGACAAAUAAAAAAAAGUUUGGAGUGGGACGCCGAGCGAGCCAGCGAGCCAACGAGCGAGCGGGAGCGCUGCCGGCGGGCGCUGGGGCGCGGAGCUCGCACUUUCCCGGCCCGGGUGAGCUGCGCGGCCGCGGCGCCGGGCUCGGCGGGCGCGCCUCGGCGGAGCGAACGUCGGAGCGUUGCCGCGGGAGACGCGCGCCGGACAAUGCCCGCGGUGGGCCAGUGACGCCCGCGGGGAAUGCGGAGCGGCCCGGCCGCCCGCCCGCACCCAGCCGCCGCCGCGCGUUCCUGCCGCCCGCGUCACGCGAGACCCGGCAGGGGCCGGGACCGCCCGAGCCGCCCCUCGGACCCGGCCGGCCGCCUCCGCCGCCGCCUCCUCCUCCUCGAGGCCAUUAAAGCCAAUGAGCCGCGCGCCUCUGCCCAGCGCAGCCAACUAAAUCGGUUUGGAUGAUUCGCGACCUGAGCAAGAUGUACCCGCAGACCAGACACCCGGCACCGCAUCAGCCUGCUCAACCCUUUAAAUUUACAAUUUCCGAGUCCUGUGAUCGGAUUAAGGAAGAGUUUCAGUUUUUACAGGCUCAAUACCACAGCCUGAAACUGGAAUGUGAGAAACUCGCCAGUGAGAAGACAGAGAUGCAGCGGCAUUAUGUGAUGUAUUAUGAGAUGUCCUAUGGGUUGAAUAUAGAAAUGCACAAGCAGGCAGAGAUUGUCAAGAGGCUGAAUGCUAUCUGUGCACAAGUCAUUCCUUUCCUGUCCCAAGAGCACCAGCAACAAGUGGUGCAGGCUGUGGAACGGGCCAAGCAGGUGACCAUGGCAGAACUGAACGCCAUCAUUGGGCAGCAACAACUCCAGGCCCAGCAUUUAUCACAUGGACAUGGUCUGCCAGUGCCUCUGACCCCACACCCUUCAGGGCUUCAGCCCCCUGCCAUUCCUCCUAUUGGUAGCAGCGCCGGCCUUCUGGCCCUCUCCAGUGCCCUGGGAGGCCAGUCCCACCUUCCAAUUAAAGAUGAGAAGAAGCACCAUGACAGUGAUCACCAAAGAGACAGAGACUCCAUCAAGAGCUCUUCGGUUUCCCCAUCAGCCAGUUUCCGAGGUGCUGAGAAGCACAGAAACUCCACAGACUACUCCUCUGAUAGCAAAAAGCAGAAGACCGAAGAAAAGGAGAUUGCAGCUCGUUAUGACAGCGAUGGUGAGAAGAGUGAUGACAACUUGGUGGUUGACGUUUCCAAUGAGGAUCCAUCUUCACCUCGAGGGAGCCCAGCACAUUCCCCGAGAGAGAAUGGUCUGGACAAGACACGCCUGCUCAAGAAAGAUGCCCCCAUCAGUCCAGCCUCGAUCGCAUCUUCCAGCAGUACUCCUUCCUCCAAAUCCAAAGAACUUAGCCUUAACGAGAAAUCUACUACUCCUGUGUCAAAGUCCAAUACCCCUACUCCACGAACCGAUGCCCCUACCCCAGGCAGUAAUUCCACUCCCGGAUUGAGGCCUGUCCCUGGAAAACCACCAGGAGUCGACCCCUUGGCCUCAAGCCUGAGGACCCCAAUGGCAGUACCUUGUCCAUAUCCGACCCCGUUUGGGAUUGUGCCGCACGCUGGGAUGAAUGGGGAGCUGACCAGCCCCGGAGCUGCCUACGCGGGGCUGCACAACAUCUCCCCGCAGAUGAGCGCGGCUGCUGCUGCUGCGGCCGCAGCCGCUGCCUAUGGGCGAUCACCAGUGGUUGGAUUUGAUCCGCACCAUCACAUGCGUGUGCCAGCAAUACCCCCAAACCUGACGGGCAUUCCAGGGGGAAAACCAGCUUACUCCUUCCACGUCACUGCGGACGGUCAGAUGCAGCCUGUCCCCUUCCCCCCGGACGCCCUCAUCGGCCCCGGCAUCCCCCGCCACGCCCGCCAGAUCAACACGCUGAACCAUGGGGAGGUGGUGUGCGCGGUGACCAUCAGCAACCCCACGCGGCACGUGUACACAGGGGGCAAGGGCUGCGUUAAGGUCUGGGACAUCAGCCACCCCGGCAACAAGAGCCCUGUCUCUCAGCUCGACUGUCUGAACAGGGAUAACUACAUCCGUUCCUGCCGAUUGCUCCCUGAUGGUCGCACCCUCAUUGUGGGAGGGGAAGCCAGCACCCUGUCCAUUUGGGACCUGGCGGCUCCCACCCCGCGCAUCAAGGCAGAGCUGACGUCCUCUGCCCCCGCCUGCUAUGCCCUGGCCAUCAGCCCCGACUCCAAGGUCUGCUUCUCCUGCUGCAGCGAUGGCAACAUCGCCGUGUGGGACCUGCACAACCAGACGCUGGUGAGGCAAUUCCAGGGCCACACGGACGGGGCCAGCUGUAUUGACAUUUCUAACGAUGGCACCAAGCUCUGGACGGGCGGCUUGGACAACACUGUCCGGUCCUGGGACCUGCGUGAGGGGCGGCAGCUGCAACAGCACGACUUCACCUCCCAGAUCUUUUCCCUGGGCUACUGCCCAACCGGAGAGUGGCUGGCAGUGGGGAUGGAGAACAGCAACGUGGAGGUGCUGCACGUCACCAAGCCUGACAAGUACCAGCUCCAUCUCCACGAGAGCUGCGUGCUGUCACUCAAGUUUGCUCAUUGUGGUAAAUGGUUUGUAAGCACGGGCAAGGACAACCUCCUGAAUGCCUGGAGGACACCUUAUGGGGCCAGUAUAUUCCAGUCCAAAGAAUCCUCAUCGGUGCUCAGCUGUGACAUUUCUGUGGAUGACAAAUACAUUGUCACUGGCUCGGGGGAUAAGAAGGCCACGGUUUAUGAAGUUAUUUAUUAAGGACAAAUCUUCAUGCGAACUGGACUCCUUCUCCUUGUAGCACUUUGUUCUGUCAUCCUUCUGUUCCUCCGCAUCCAAAAUCAAGGAUUUCUAAUACUCACUGCAGUUGUGGCGUUCAGCCCCCUCCUUCCCCCACUUCCUCCCUGCUAUUGAAUUGUGAAUACUCAUUAAGAACCUGUGAUACCAAAUCUUCAGCUCUCUACUCGGAAGAACAUGGAUAACCCUGCUUACCAGUGAAUGGAAUCUUUAAUUAUGUAUUAUAUCUGUAAUAUAUUUAUUUUGUUUAAAGAAGGCUUUCUAACAAUGACUGACUAAAUCAAGCUGUCUGCUCCUGCA